AUGCUAUAUACCGCUUCUAUCAUUGCUCUCGUCCUCCUCUUCGUCCUCCUCGCAUACUACUACCGCGCCCGGCUCUCUUCCAUGCUCGCGCCUCUCGUCCCCUCGCGCGUAAAAGACUACCUCUCCUCACACUUCCCCCGCCUCUCCUUCUACCGUCCUCUCCAGACGUGGGAUUCGCAGCGCGAGCAAGGACUCUCCUCAAGCCUGUUCGACAUCGAAAGUAACCUUGAGGCUGGCGAUUCUCGUUCGGGGCUGGACCCGCAAGGAGCGGAGGAAGUAAGGAGGAUCAUGGCUCGCGAGGGGGUAAGCUUCGACCAGGCGAGGCUGAUAAGGCAUAAGCUGCUCCUGAGCAGGCAUGGGAUCGACCCUUCUGGUAUGCCGACGGACCCAAAGGCGAUCACGCACCUUUGA